CCUUGCAUUCCCUUCCCAUCUGUCCCUCCAUAGGGUUUUUUUAUCUGCUAAACCUCGAGGCUUUUCCAUGGCGUCGCGGACGCUUUCCCGUUCCACCCUCUCACAGCGGGCGAAAUCCCUUUCCAUUCUCUUCGCGCGGUCCUUCUCUUCGUCACCUUCUCUUGCCAAAACUCCUGUGCCUUCUUUCGCUGCUUCAUCUCUGCUGAGCCGCUCGAGGCCUCUCGCCGCCGCGCUCUCGUCCGUGAUCCGCGGAGUCGGCGUUGCGUCGACGAGAGGUUUGUCGACGCGAGCCACGUCGUCUUCCCUGAACGAUCCAAACCCUAAUUGGUCGAAUCGGCCGCCGAAAGAGACAAUAUUACUCGAUGGUUGCGAUUUCGAGCACUGGCUUAUUGUCAUGGAGAAGCCUGAGGGUGAUCCCACUAGGGAUGAGAUCAUCGACUACUACAUCAAAACCCUAGCGCAGAUCGUUGGCAGCGAGGAAGAAGCAAGGAUGAAGAUAUACUCUGUCUCAACUAGAUGCUAUUAUGCUUUUGGAGCACUUGUUCCAGAAGAGCUUUCACUCAAGAUCAAAGAGUUGCCUAAGGUGCGAUGGGUUCUUCCCGAUUCAUACUUGGAUGUGAAGAACAAAGACUAUGGAGGGGAACCUUUCAUUGAUGGAAAGGCUGUUCCUUAUGAUCCCAAGUAUCAUGAGGAGUGGAUAAGGAACAAUGCCCGGGCAAAUGAGAGGAACAGGCGCAAUGACAGGCCUCGCAAUGCUGACAGAAGCAGAAAUUUCGAGAGAAGAAGGGAGAACGUGAGGGGAAACCAGGGACCAAACGCAGGCAGUGCUCCUCCACCUCCUCCCAACAUGGGCGGAUCUCCACCUCCGCCCAACAUGGGAGGCAUGCCUCCUAACAUGGGUGGUGGUCCAAACAUGGCUCCUCCCAAUAUGGGAGGCGGGAUGCAAGGGAACAUGGGGCAGCACAUGCCACCUCCGAACAUGAAUCAGAACUACAUGGGGGGUGGUGGGCCACCGAAUGCAGGAUGGUCUGGUAACGUACCUCCUGGUAACUUCCAGCCGAACAACGGGUACCCGGGUCAGGGGGGUAACAUACCUCCUGGUGGUAACUUCCAACAGAACAGCGGGUUCCCGGGUCAGGGCGGGAUGCAGAAUCCGCAGUACCAGAAUGCCUACCCACCCAACAGAGACGGUAGAAACCCGUACGAGGGUUAAGGAGUUGAACCCAUGUUGGUUUGUUAGAUGUAUAGGUACUAUGAAGUUGGAACACAAGUUGUCCUUUUGUCUACUGUGAUGUUUGUGUCAAUCUUGUCUCUUGAGAAUUGCCUCGCACGACUUUGGCAUAUGGUUUAGAACCGUGUCCCGGGCUGCUGUUUCCCUUUUUAGUUCUUGAAUUCUAGUACUGGCGAUCGAUCUAAUGUGAAAUGACCAGAGAUUUGAGCUUUGA